AACGCUGGUCUGGAGCUGUGCGCUGUGGACAUGCGCGGAGCUGCAACGAACAUGGCGGCCUGCAUCUGAUGUAAAGUGAGGCAUCUCCAAUCAAAAACAGCCUGUUCCAACGUAUCUGCACAGGUAACAGUGUGUCGGCCCUCAGCUCCUCUGCAGCAGCAUUUACAGCAGCAUCAUGGGCAGAACACCACACAGAGAUCAAAAGGAGAAGAAGGAGGAGAGACGAAGCAGCAUCACAGCAGGAUCUGCCCUCGACAAGGCAAAUGAACCGUUCUGCUGGGAGGACUAUCUGAGGGAGACGUCUUCUGUCGCAGCUUCGCCGACUUGUUUCAAGCAGGCCAGAGUCCCACCCUCCAAUGACUUCAAAGGAGGAAUGAAGCUGGAGGCCAGGGACCCUCGCAACUCUAACUCGGUGUGCAUCGCGACCGUGAUGGGCAUGAUGGGUACUCGUCUACGGCUGCGUUUGGAUGGCAGCGACAACACUAAUGACUUCUGGCGGCUUGUCGACUCGUCGGACAUCCAGCCAAUAGGAACCUGCGAGAGGAACGGAGACAUGCUGCAGCCGCCUCUGGGUUUCAGGAUGAACGCCUCCUCGUGGCCAAUGUUUCUCCUGCGGACUCUGAGUGGAGCCGAGAUGGCGCCAGGCUCUGCUUUUAAAAAGGAGCCACCGUGUCCUGCCAAAAACUACUUCCAGCCUGGAAUGAAACUGGAGGCCGUGGACAGGAAGAAUCCCUACCUGAUAUGUCCUGCCACAGUAGGGGAGGUCAGAGGUCAGGAGAUUUUCAUCAUGUUCGACGGUUGGCGUGGAGCCUUUGACUACUGGUGCCCCUUUGAUUCCAGAGACAUCUUCCCCGUGGGCUGGUGUGCUCUGACGAAGCACAGCCUUCAGCCGCCUGGAAACUUCUUUACCCUCCCUGGUGCGCUCCUUGCUCCUCAGUCUAACACCUCAGGCUCCUUCACUACGCGUCGCUCUUCCUCCAACUCCUCCUCCAUGCAGACCUCGUACCGACUGCCCAACCCUUUGCCGCCCCUUCCUGUUCGCAAGGGCGUCCGAGGUCGGCGUCCCAAAUCUCAGACUAUCGCUUUGUUAAAGGCGGCGGCCGAAGCAGCGGCUGCCGCCGCAGCUGUGAAUGGCGCCUCCCAGAGUCCUGCCAGGACAAGUGCUGAGACUCAACUGGCCCCCAAACUAUACAAGAAGAGAGGGCCCAAGCCUAAGAAGAAGCCUCGGGUGGUGCCGUCCUUGGGGUCAACAUCUGUUACAACCCCAUCUGCAGAGACGAGACUCGGCUCUAGUCAUGUCUCAAUUGACAACAACCAUAACAACAGCUCAAAUGUAGUUUGCACAGUUUGUGUCUAUGUGAACAAACACGGUGACUAUGGUCCGAAUCUGGAUCGAAAACUGGUGCAGCAGCUCCCAGAUCACUUUGGUCCAGCUCCAGUUAAUUCUGUGCUUCAACAAGCGGUCCAGGCCUGUGUGGACUGCACCUACCAGCCGUCAGUGCUGCUGUCAUUCCUACUGAGCCAAUCACACACAGAUGGCGAGGUCAUCAGAGUUCGGUCAGAGCACGGCAUCCGUUACGUGAAGCUGCCCUCGGCCUCCAGUGCCUCUGCAGUUCUGCGGUUCUUGGAGAACAUGUGCCAACACCUGGAGAGCGACAGUCUCUUCAGCUCACAGCCGUUCAGCCCUUUCAGCAACAACAACAACAGUAGCUCGCGCCUUUAUAACAAAACUAAAUCAGUACCCCCCCACACUGAGAACGGCCUGCCCAAAGAUGAUUCUGCCAAGGAUCCUGCUCACAGCGCCCGCUCCAUUCACAGCACAUCAGACUACAGAGCAGCAAAGAAGGAGCGCUCCUUCUACCCCGUUCACACCCACACGCCCCCGCCUGUACGACGCGUCAGCUCUAACCCGGCUGAACUCAACCCGCAGCGUCGAGUGGAGGCGGCUAGCUCAACAACAGGACCGGACCACGUGAAACAGGACAAGGAAGGAGCAGUGAACAACGCCGCCUCCUGGUCCGUUGAUGAUGUCAUACGGUUCGUCCAAGAGGCUGAUCCACACACUCUGGGCCCACACGUCGAACUCUUCAGGAAACACGAAAUCGAUGGAAAGGCUCUGAUGUUGCUGCGCAGCGACGUUAUUAUGAAGUACAUGGGACUGAAGCUGGGCCCAGCGCUUAAACUGUGUCACCACAUUGAGAAGCUGAAACAGACCAAACAGUAGAGGGCGACUUUGACGUGGACACAGGACACGCGUCAAUGUACAGAGACGUAGUGGGGAGUAAACCCACCGCAGCCCACACUCAGCCCGAGGUCUCACGUAACCCACCUGUAGAGCAACUGACUCACAUGAAGGUGGAGUCCACGACCUUUUAGGCCCUGAAAUGAAAACACGCGAUUCAGAAAUGUAUUGUUGUUAACGUGGACGCGUCGUCAGAACAACACACAAACCUCAGACCUUUGAAAACAAAUACACAUAUGUACUUGUUGGUAAGUAGCAUUAAAACCGUUGAGUGAGGAUUUUGUUGAUAUUUACUGGAGGAAAGGUUGUUGUCGAAAGAAAGAAAGAAAGAAAGAAAUAGAAAGAACAGUAAAAAAUAUUUUUUUUCUUUUUUGGUCUUUUACUUUAAAGAAACCCUGGUUAAUGUUCACGUUACAAUGGGUAGAUAAUACUAAGUAUUAUACAUUGUCAAAGCACAAUCAUAACAUUUGUUUUUCUUAAUAUUAUUAUUAUUAUUAUAAGUGUAGGCCCUAAAUCAAUACUUUAUGUAUUUCUGCUUUAUCUCCUUCAUGAUGUUGUGACACAGAAGGUACCGUUUGUUAUCGUCUCACUGCUUCAUUCUCUGAUGUUUUUAAAUGACUGAGACUCUUACACACUGUCGGGUUCGACAGCAUCGUGACCAACCACAGACGUACACUCAGUUAUGUGAGAGAAAAACGCCUGGGGAACUGGGGAAGGUCACUCUGUCGUACCGUUGGUUCUUUCUCUCAACUUGUAACUGACAGUCGUUUUUGCCUCAGCCCCGGCUGCAGGGGCAAAAACUUUUAUUUAAAUGGUAUAAAAAUGACCUCAGAUGGUUGAAGAGUGAUUUUAAUCUGUUAAUUGGUCCUGAAAAGUUUCUUCUGUUUUUGUUUUUUUUGGUUGUUAUUACUGGUAGAGUUCAUGUCUGAUGAACUCCUGCUCAUCGGUAGUGAAUGGACGCGGUGUCUGAUGGUGGAGCAGAAGUUCUACGCUGGUUUGAAGAGUGACUCUGUGUGAAUGUAAAAUCAUGUAAGAACGCUCGAUACAUACAGUAUGAGGGGGACACUGGCUGUGAUUGGCAGCUGUCAAUCAUCCAUCCAUUAAUGCUCCUCAGUCUCUGUUAUAGAUUCAGGAAUGUUCUAGGGUUGGACCCAAUUAAAGAAGUUGACAAACUGACAAACUGCCGCCAUUCUUCUGUGUUUGUUGACCUGUCAUGAUGUCAUCACCACAAUCACUGGGUCUUCACAGCUUCAGAAACGAAAGGCUUUACAUCGCUAUCAUCUCUCUCUCUCUCUGUUCUUCUCUAUCUCUUUUCCCUUUCUAUUCAAUUGGUGUCCAAAAGACAUGUACUGUCAUGUGACCUUCUUUUUCUCUGAAAUGUAGUUACAGUUACAUAGUGCUGUUUUUUGGGCUCAACUACAUCGUCCCACGACAGUAGAAGUGAUGAGUUUUUGAGAAAUAGACGUUCAAGUGUGAGUCAAAAAGAUCUGAGACAAUUUGAAAAAGAAAAUCUUUAUUUAAUAACACAAAUUUAAGAAAAAACACAAUUAUUCAAUUAAAAUGAAGAAAAGGCAUAGAUAUUGAUCAUAAUUAAAGGUUAUUGCAAAGUUUCAAAAUUUUAACAGCUUUUUAUUUAGGUUUGGUUUAACUAAAAAUUUCAAACCUGAUCAAAUAAAAUGUAACGCAGCUCCAUGCAUAACAAAGACGUAAUCAUUUAACUUGCUUUUGAGGUCGCUGAGAGAGUUUGUCUCUGACCUGACUAGUUUAACGUAUGUCUUGGGACCUUUUGACUGUAUCUUGUACAUGUUUCUUUGCUGAGAUGCAGCUUUCCUCCUUCUCUUUUUGUCUCUUUUGCUUGUUAUGAUAUAAGUUAGCCAAACUGGCAUGUCCAAAAUAUCUGGGGUUUUUUUUUUUUUAAUUUUGGUCUAAAUCAAAACUUCAAUUUAUGCGCAUUACUUAAAAGAAAAACUUUUUUCCCUGACCUUCUGCGUCUCGACUUUUGGUUUUUACUCCACUAAAUAGCAUUUCCAUCAUGUUCAACUAAUGAAGACCUGAAAAUAAAAAAACUGAGGCUGGAAACAUCUUUCAUGUUUCAUUAGAUCUCCAUGUAUACAUGUUAGUUUUAAAUAGAGGUGAGCAUUUUUGGCCUGCUUCUGUUCAUUUUAAGCUAUGUUUUCUGAAGAAUCUACAUCAUCAUGUUAGGAUUUGAUCUUGUUUUUUUUUCUCUCUGAACCACAGCCAGACAUGAAAACUGGAAUAUUGUAAAUGUUUGAUAUUAUAACGAGGGCAGAUUUGUUAGCUGCCAAAGCUCCUGUGAGAGAACGUGUUGGACAUGAAGCUGUUUUUGUAUAGUCAUGUUCUGAAGUUGUUGUCCAUAAAAUUUUUGUAUUGCAACAGAACACACUGUAUAAACCUGUAUGAAAUAUAUGCAUAAUAGUUUUCUCCUGCCUGCAAUAGCUCUUGUUUAGAUGAAUAAGAACUUACAGAUCUUUGUUGUUUUCCAGUGAGUCCAGACACAAUGGUUUCUCCUCCCCAUCUUAGAAUCAUUGCCAAACCACGUCCUGUCUAUUGUAGCUGCAUUUCACAUGCACCUUUCCUGUAGUGGUAACAAGUUAAAUACUUGAAGCUAUCUUGCUUUAAUGCAAUACUCAGGUUUGUAAGAAUGAGUUUCACAUCGUUUUGCUUUUUUUUCUUCUUUACCACACAACACAGAGAGAGACUGCACAAUAUUCAUAUUUUUAAGCUUUGUCGUCUAUUUAUCUGCAACCUUUCCUGUGUGUACAUACAUAUCCCCAUAACUUUUAUACUGUAAGUAUAACAAAAAAUACUGUUUUAAAUGUUUGAUAUGCAUUUACACAAAUAAACAUUUGUUUGCAUCAUG